AUGUCUCUCGUUUCCGGGCCCGGGCGCGCUGCUGGGAUGGCCAGUCUGCCCAGCGAGAUGCACCUCUUCGUCGACAAGCACGUCGCCUACAUCCAGAGCCUCGACACUCGCAAAGAUGAGCUCGAGUACUGGCUCACCGAACAUCUGCGCCUCAACGGCCUCUACUGGGGACUGACGGCCCUGCAUCUCCUGGGCCGCCCAGAUGCCCUUCCACGCGCUCCCAUCCUCGACUUUGUCAUCUCGUGUCUGCAUGAUAAUGGCGGCCUCGGUGCUGCACCGGGCCAUGAUGCCCAUAUGCUCUAUACCGUUAGUGGCGUGCAGAUACUCGCGACGCUUGACGCUUUCGGUGAGCUUGAAGAGCGCAGCCCCGGCGCCCGCCUGAAGAUUGCAAAAUUCAUCGCCGAUUUGCAAGAUCGCGAGACGGGCACCUUUGCAGGCGAUGAGUGGGGCGAGCAGGAUACCCGCUUUCUCUACGGCGCCCUAAAUGCCCUGUCUCUCAUGGGCCUGCUUGAACUCGUAGAUGUCGACAAGGCCGCUCAAUACGUCAACUCGUGCGCCAACUUUGACGGUGGAUACGGUACCAGCCCCGGGGCCGAGUCGCACUCUGGUCAGGUGUUCACGUGUGUUGGCGCACUGACCAUCGCGGGGAGACUCGACCUUGUCAACCAAGAAAAGUUGGGCGCCUGGCUAAGCGAACGACAGCUCAAGAACGGAGGCCUCAACGGCCGGCCAGAGAAGAAGGAAGACGUCUGCUACAGCUGGUGGGUUAUGAGCAGCAUGGCCAUGCUAGACAAGCUGCACUGGAUAGACGGUCAGAAAUUGACGAGCUUCAUCCUGCAGUGCCAGGACCCGGAUCUGGGUGGUCUCGCAGACCGACCUGGCGACAUGGUCGACGUCUUCCACACUGUCUUUGGAAUCGCUGGUCUCAGUCUGCUGAAGUAUCCCGGUCUGGAAGAGGUAGACCCCGUGUACUUUCACCUGGAUACAGUGCAGCCUCGUCAGGCUUUCGGCAUGGCCAACAUUCCGCUGCACUGCAACAUUUGCCCCAAGAAGCCAAACUUCAGCGAUGUCUCGCAUCUACUCACCCACAUCGCCAGCAAAGGCCACUUAUCCAACUACUACAAGGUCAAGGUCCGCUCCACCAACGAGGAUGCAUCCCGCCGGCUCAUUGAGACGUACGACCAGUGGUAUGCCGAAUGGGCUGUCGAAGAGCUCAUGUCGGACCGGAUGAAUCAGAAGGACAAACGCCGUACCCGCGCGAGACCCGCUGGUACAGCUACCUCCUGCAUCCGAUUGUACUUGAGACUGAUACUGACUACACCUGAAGCAGCCCGGCCGGCGCCUCCUGUCAAGAUCGAGGCCCCCGCGCCACGUCCUCUACGUCGCGCCGCCGCGAGCGCUCUCCUCGAUCCACGCCUGUCGGAGCAGCAGCACACGAUGAUCAAGCUGGAGCAGUCGCCUUCUCCGACGCCGCAACCUCACGGCCCGGUCCUCCGCAAUCGCAAUACCUUCGCACCUCAUAUGCAGUAUUGGCCUACAGAGUCUCGCGCUAGCUCUCGCAGCUAUACCAACCCAGACUAUGAUACUUCCAGUGAAUACUCCGAUCCGAGCGAGCAGCGCCGGAGGUCAUACCGGUACAACGCUGCGGCUUCGUGUGCCAUUGAAGAUGAACCUGCUGAGGUCGCAGAUCCGAUGGCUGUCAGCGAGUCGACCAAACUCAAAGGUGUCUAUUGGCCUGGCAUGGACAUCUUCGACUCUGCUACCCCAGAGAUGCGGCGUAAGAGGAACCAAAAGAAGGACAGCUCUGUCGUCGAACAGCUGGAGCUCAACUCACAAGUAGUCGAAGCAACUGAGCUCAUCUUCACACCGUUGGGGUCUUUCAAACGCCAGCGCAGGAUCUCGUGCUCGGAGUCUGACGAAGAGGAUGAGGUCGAGAUCAAGACUGAGAGCCCCCAGCCUGUACGUCGGCGACCUGCACUCGCCAGUCUUGAUACAAACACUACUCGCCGCUCUACUAGACAGUCCAAGCGGCCCGUGUUUCCUAUUCUCAGCCGCAACCAAUACGAUGAUGAUCGCGGCCGUCCUGGCUACGACCAUAGUCGCAACAACCGUGCUCCGAAGCGGAAGCAGUUUGACGUUUACCAAGACGAGGAUGACGUUCCAUUCUCGCAGCCCAAUGGCAUGAACUAUCUUACAUCGGGCUUCACUCACCAAGCAUCUCCAUCUCCUGCACCUGCAUUCAACUCUUACAAACCCUUCAACGACCCAUUCCAGUAUGAUAACAAGGAGAACGUUCUACCUUCGUUCCACCAAACGGCUUAUGGUAACUUUCAUGGCCAUCAGAACAAUGCCUACCAGUAUCCCACCUACUCCUACGGCAUUGGGCCUGAUCAACAGGCCUUCCAGUACACCAGUCAUCUCUACAACACUGCAAGCGCGUACCAGCAACAGGACCAAGAUGACGAUGACCAACGUACCAUCACAGCUCCACCUUCACCGUCUACAAGCUAA